GACAAACUGUAGCUCAUUCUGUGCCCUCCAUAUUCCCACAAGCAUUAUCAAGCCAAAUAUUGGUUGAAGAACACUUUGGAUACCAUUACCGUUUAGUAAUGAAUUAAAUGAAUUGGUGCGAGAAGUGGUAGAAAUCACAAAUACAUCUUGAAACAACAAGUACAAGAGGUGGCUCAUCUUAUUUCUUUUUUCUAUUUAGUUAGACUCUCUUUUUCUCUCCCUUUCUAUGGUACUUUCUUCUCUAUCCUUUUUUUUUUUUCUUCUCUUGGUUGGACUCUCUUGCACUGAUCUCUCUCAUUCUGGUGGUGUCUUCCUCAAUAUCUGUUUUCAUACUUGCUUUUGGUCAGACGAAGAUCAUGGUGUAUUGAUCUUUGUUUGUUUACUGGCAAUGGACUUGGUCGAGGAUGAUCAGUCUCUAGAAUCGUUUAUGAAUCUAGUGACUGAAUUUUGUGCUCAAGUAGGUGGAGGGCAAAAUGCAACACGUAGGAAAUUCAGUUAUUGUCUGUUGAUCGUGUUGUUUCAUGCUGGAGUCCUUGUAAGUCCUGACAUUUGCGGUAUUUGGUUUGGAAAAAUUAUUGAGGAUCAUAUCAAUGACUGAUAGUGGAGCGCUAUACGUAAGACGAUACAACUAUCUUUCUUGAUGAUCUGAAAUUGUCUGAUAUCUGCAUUUGGCAAGCCUUU